GUCGGGGCCGCGGCCCGGAAGUGGUCGGGGCCGCAGCGGACGGAAGGGCGUCCGUGUUUCGUCCGCUCCGCGGCGGCGGCCCAGCCAGGCCCCCGGGACUCAGGGCACCAGGGAGCGCGGUUUCCCCCCUUGGGGCUUUCCCGCCGGGCCAGAGACCCAGGCCCGCAACGCCAGGCCCUGCCCCGGAAGGGGACGGGGAGCGGCGAGGUCGCCGUGUUGGGCCGGCGCCGGCGGGCGCAGUUUCUUUGUGGGAUGCCGCGGAAGGCCGGCUGAUUCUCCCUUCGGAGUCAUUAUUCAAACAUUGACUCCGCGAACGUUCACUGAGCCCCUGUUGCCGUUCUUGGCGCUAGGCCUUGGGGAUACACCCCAAAGUGGACCGAGCACAGUGGCCGAGCUCAUUUCGACUCAGUACCCGAGAAGGGUGGAUACGGGAAGGUUGAAGUCGAUGGAGGAGAAACGCGGAGUAGGCUUUUCUGUUUUUAUUUUGCAUGAAUUAUGCCUGAAAUGUACUUUUAAAUGGGACGGUCCUCUGAAGAUUUGUGCUGAAACGCCAUCUGCUCGAGAUUUAACUAAUUGUUCUCUCUCUCUCUGUUGGACGCGCACCUUUCCGGAGGAUGGGGGAGGUAACCAAGGCUGCUCUUUGGCGUAAAUUGCAAUCGAUUAGGGAUCGUUUCUCAGAAUCAAGUUAGAAGUGAGAGUUCAGAUAAGUGAGGCCGCCAUUGCUGCUUUGAACACCUCAGAAGGGGACAAUGGAUUUAUCAGGAGUGAAAAAGAAGAGCUUGCUAGGAGUCAAAGAAAAUAAUAAAAAGUCCAGCACUAGGGCUCCUUCUCCUACCAAACGCAAAGACCGCUCUGAUGAGAAGUCGAAGGAUCGCUCCAAAGAUAAAGGGGCUGCCAAGGAGUCGAGUGAGAAGGAUCGCGGCAGGGAUAAAACUCGAAAAAGGCGCAGCGCUUCCAGUGGUAGCAGCAGCACCAGGUCUCGCUCCAGCUCAACCUCCAGCUCAGGCUCCAGCACCAGCACUGGCUCAAGUAGUGGCUCUAGCUCCUCUUCAGCAUCGAGCCGCUCGGGAAGUUCCAGCACGUCCCGCAGCUCCAGCUCGAGCAGUUCCUCUGGCUCUCCAAGUCCUUCUCGGCGCAGACAUGACAAUAGGCGGCGCUCCCGCUCCAAAUCCAAACCACCUAAAAGGGAUGAAAAGGAGAGGAAAAGGCGGAGCCCUUCCCCUAAACCCACCAAAGUGCACAUUGGGAGGCUCACCAGGAAUGUGACCAAGGAUCACAUCAUGGAGAUAUUUUCCACCUAUGGGAAAAUUAAAAUGAUUGACAUGCCCGUGGAAAGGAUGCAUCCCCAUCUAUCCAAAGGCUACGCAUAUGUGGAGUUUGAGAAUCCAGAUGAAGCUGAGAAGGCACUGAAGCACAUGGACGGAGGACAAAUCGAUGGCCAGGAGAUCACUGCCACUGCUGUGCUGGCCCCCUGGCCUAGGCCACCCCCCAGGCGAUUCAGCCCUCCCAGGAGAAUGCUGCCGCCACCUCCCAUGUGGCGCCGGUCUCCCCCACGGAUGAGGAGAAGGUCCCGCUCCCCGAGGCGCAGGUCCCCUGUGCGCCGGCGAUCCCGUUCCCCUGGCCGCCGCCGCCACCGGAGCCGCUCCAGCUCCAACUCCUCCCGAUAAGCAGGGCCACCGAAGCUCAUGCCCCCUGUAACUUAUACCCCAUCCCAUCCCAUCCGGAUCAGUUUUGUCACUUUUCUAGCCAAAGGAGGAUCGGUAGGAAAGGAAAUUCCUCACUCGGGCAGGCUUGGAAGCCAGCUAUUGACAGCUCUGCAGGCCGGUUUCCAGCUGCUGAAGUACUGUUGGUUUGGAGUUGUGCCUGUAAAGAUGCCCUCAGUUUUCUGGCUAGAAAGCUCACCUGGUUCCAGUACCUGAGAGUCAGUUCAGUGGCAAAGCCACCAGGGACAAGCAAGGCUCCAGGUGGCAACGUGGGCCAGCCUGGGAACACGCUUUU